CGAUACUCAAUGGCUCUAUGAAGGAUCAUUUCUCUGUUUAGCUUUAAAAUUUAAACGAGCUGGAUUUAUACGUCAAAUGCUUUGAACAUAUUUAUAUAAUAAAUUAUAGACUACGUUUUAUAUACCGAUACACACAAAUCGUGCAUUUUACAGACAGACAUAAAACGAUAAUGAAUACUAAGUGGACUGAUACGACAAUCAGGGAAAUGUUCGUACCUGAAAAUCUUCAAGAUGGACUUAGGCAAAAUUUCGAAGAGGCCACAGUUGAAUGGGUCGAUUGUUCGGAUCUGACUCAAGAACCCUUUAAUCUUACCGCACCUGGAUUAUGCGGCAAUGAAGUACUUUUGGAAAUUGGUGGUAUAUCACAACUGUUUCCUCGUCCGCAUAUAUUGUUCAAUUAUGAUUUCAGCGAAAUCUUAAAAGGAAUACCUUUUAACCAUACUAAUGUCUUAGUAAUCGGUGCUGGUAUAAGUGUACGAUCAUUGGAUCUACAAUUUGGCGAGCUUUUCGUAAAUGCGUCAUUUUCACAAGUAUCUGCAGAUUCAUUAAAUAUCAACAACCAAAGCCGCCUAGCAUUUCUGGAUCAAGCAACAGGAAAAUGUGCAUUGGAAUCAAUAACUGAUAAUACACUUAUUUGCUAUUCAUAUGGAAAUUUUUUUAUCAGCGAAGGCAAACCGGGAAAGCUUCUUAAAGUGCAUGCUAAGAACUGUUUUGGUUUGCAUUUUUUAACAGCAAUGGAGUGUACUCUUUCUCAAUACGCUGGUGAUAUUCCUUCUAAUUUUGUAGGUUUAGGUGGUACGUUUGUGAUGAAAAAUGGAAUAGCCAGGACCCACGUUAUGCCAAAUUCUUGGGAUAAUCAAUUAAAAACGGCGGAAGAUAUUAAUAAUUGGCUUCAUUAUUCUGACUUGAACGCACCUUUAUUAGCAGUUGGCACACUUAUUAGCGAAAACUUAUAUUAUGCAGCAUAUAGUGAAAAUACUAAUAAAAUUUUAAUGUCAAAAUUAAAAAAUUAAAAGAAUUUAGGCUUACUCAAAGCCAUUUUCACGCUUAUUCCUCCAACGGGGAAGGUGGACACUUUCACACGGAAAUUCAACCAAUAAAUACAGUAGAAUAUUUGGGAUAUUUUAAGCCUGCGAGAAAGUUUGUUCAUCUAGCUCCACAACUUAAACACGAUGAAGUGCUAGACUUUAACGAUAUGAUGAUGUUCUGGUGACUAAUGGAUACUGUUUUAAUUCAAUUUUAAUUAGAACAUUAAUGAUAAUGCGAUUUUUACGUUGUUUCAAAAAUAUUUGAAAAUAUAAUUAAUCCUUUUUCUUAUAUAUCUCAUGUAUUUUUUAUAAUUUAUUAUUAUUUUUAGUUUAAUAUUUAUUUUAGAUUUAUUAAAAAAUAGACAUUGUGUAUAUUUGUAGCUAUAGUUUGAUAAAAUUUCAAUUUUUACAUUAAAUUUAGAACAA